AUGUCGACCCUAGAAGACCACUACCCCAUCGACUGCCCUUUCUGCAAAAUCGCCGCCGCCUACCCAUCCCCCACAUCAUCAUCAUCCCCGACCACCUCCCCAAUCCCAAGUAACCCCGAUCCAGAAAAAGUAGACCCGCAAUGCCAUCUCCUGCUCUCCACCCCCCACGUCCUCGCUUUCCUGGAUAUCCUUCCCAUAGCGCCGGGACAUAUCCUGUUGGUUACUCGGAGGCAUUAUCGGACGCUGGCGGACUUGUAUGGGGGGAGGAAGAAGAAGGAUGGGAAUCGUGAGGGAGGUGAGAAUGUGGUUCGGGAUGGGGACGUGGAUGGGGAUGAUAGGGACGGGGAAGAUAGGGAAAGGGAAAAUAGGGAAAGGAAUAGAGAGAUGAAAGAAGAUGCCCAGGCCUUGGGCGAAUGGAUGCCCAUACUCUCUCGAGCUCUUUGCAGUGUGACUGGGAUUGAAGACUGGAACCUCGUGCAGAACAAUGGGGAGCGAGCGGCACAGGUGGUACCGCAUGUGCAUUUCCAUUUUAUUCCGCGGUAUCAGGAGGGACGGCGGGACUUGGGAGUCCGUGGGGAUGGCAAAGGUGCUGGUGGGAUUAAUGGGGGGGUAAAUGGGAGGCUGGGGAAGUUGGAUAUGGGAAUGUUGAAGAGCUGGAGGAUGUUUGGAAGGGGGACGAGGGAGGAGUUGGAUGAUGAGGAGGGGGUUGUGCUUGCGAGGAGUUUGAGGGGGGCGUUGAGGAGGGAGUUGGGUUUGCGGGAUGAUGGAGAGGAAGGAGGGGUGGAGGAGGGGAAGGGUGGGGAUGUGAAGGCGAAGGCGAAGGCGAAGCUAUUCGCCACAACGUCUCAGCAGGCAGAUGGUGCUUCGCGAUUCAGGUCUUAUCAGACGGGGCGUCUCAUCUGCCUUAUAACAUGCUUCCUUGACACCAUGAGCAUGAUACGCGCACGCCCCACGAGCUUGACCCUCGAAGUGCCCGAUCUUCUGCAGCAUGAGUGCCUUGGUCAGCAUCCCGAGGUCCUCUGCAUCGUCCUCCAAGAAGCUGACAAUUUCUUCCAAGACUUCGAUUUCCUCCUUGGUGAUCAUGCGACCGCCGACUGCAGUGUCACCGGUGGUUCUGACGGUAUUGCUAUACCAUUGGACAAACAGAUUGAUCAGGCAGGAUCUGCCUCUGCGGCUAUGCUCGAAGAAGCGGCGGAGGUUGAUGAAGGCUUGCAGGACCUGCACGAAAGAUUGCGACUUCCAGUAUUCGGCUAG